GGCAGUCUGUCGUUGGGUCUGAGAGAGGGUGAGAGAGAGAGAGAGAAACGGAGAGAGGGUGAGAGAGAGAGAGAGCGAGAGCUUAGCGGAGCCGCCGCGCCAGCGCAGAGAGGCACGGAGACGCAGUGUGAGCAUCAGGGCCACUUCAGCUGGAAAAGUAAAUAAACAUAAACGUCGGUACGGAGAGUCGGAGGAGAUGCGUUUUUCCUGCACGGACCUAAAAUGAAAGGGUUACCUGGCUGUAAAGUGGAUUUGAAGUCUUGUUCAUCGCUGCGACUUUGACACGAGAGUUGCGCGGGCAGAGACUGAAUAAGGAGCUGUCUGUUUGGGGGAAUUUCAGGCACACUUCAUCAAAAUUGAGUUGGACCUCCAGGAACCAGUCAAGGAGUAAGCUAAACUACCAGGCCACUACUUUCCCAGGAACAGAACCCACCGUGAGUACUUCAUCUCUUGACCGAACCUUUCCUGAAGAUCUGGUUUUCCUCACAUGCUGUGGGCAUCUUUACAUAAUCAAAGUGUACCUGCCACGUAGACGUGGCUAGAAAGCGUUCGGUUCAGAUAAAGUUUUUGAUGGCAUUAGCAGAUGCCUGACUCCACUCCGUGCACCGUUAUUUCAGUGUGAGCUCAGUUGUGCGCCUUUAUGAUCCAAGACUGAGACGCAGCUGGAAUGAGGGACUUGUUGCGCCAGAGCUGGGCUCUUUAUCAAACGAUAUUUGUGAAAGGGAGGGAAAAAAACAAGCAGGCGAUGAGUCUGGGAGGACAAUUUUAACAUCUGUGUUGAUUUUCCACGCUUAUCUGGAGUCAGUGGACAUACUUGAAAUUUUCUUUUAGUUCUGUUAAUUAAAAUUCUGUCUGACCCAUGAACACAUUAAGGCUGUCAUGUAAAAGAAAAUAUAACCCUUUCAGCACUUGAAACUUCUCAAACACGAUGACCGGGCAGAAAGCAAACUGAUAGUCCUCGAACAUUUCUUGAGGGGUUGGCUCCAUCCCAAAGAAUGCGCCCUUAUGCUGUCUAUACAGCCGGCAGGAGUCAACCCUCCCUGCUGAGCUCUGGACCCAGGCCUUGAGAUUCAACAACAAAUGCAUGAACUAACUUAACUUUGGCCUGAAAAGACGUGACAGUGGCUUCACUGACAAUGCUGGUAGAUAUUAGACUCCCCAGUUUUACUUUAGUCAUCUGCAGGAUGGAGAUCUCUCUGGUUGGAUUUAAACUCAGGUCCUGUGGUCGCUCCAUAGUCUCCUUCUCCUUCUCCUUCUUUUUUGUGCAGCAAUGUCUGCAAAGCUCACAAGAAAACUCAGUGUUUGUAUUUCUACACUGGGCUGCUGCUUUUAGUCAUGUUGGCAUGAGAAGAACCAUGGCCUAUAAUGUAAACAGUCAACACACACUCUUUAUCAAGUUGACAAUUAUGGCCGCUUGGUCUGUGGUCCUGAGCUGCAAAUUAAGACCAUAUUCAAACCACCAGAGCAUAAGUUGACACUCACAGAGCUUGUUAGACUUCUGAAAUAAAGCAGUACACAUGCUGUUAAUCGCUAAAGCUUAUGAAAUGGACAAGCAGUGAAGUUUAGUAUUUCUUUAAACCUGCAAUUGUCACAUUUAUAGCUGCAAAGUUCGCUGCCGAAUACAGAAGAUUUGAUGAGGCUUCCCCACAUGUUGGUUCUAAGCAGAAUAAGGACUCCACUGACUGUGAAACUCAUUGAUUUAUGUCCCCAGAGCAGAACUGUCAGGUCAGAAUUCCUGUUGUCAAAAUGAACAGUCCUUGUGAUUGGAAAUUUAACAGUCGUACGCUCCUUUACACAAGAUCCUCACCCCUUUGAUCUUAUCUAAUUAAGACAGAUCUGGGGCCCAAGUGGUGUGUGGGUCAGCUUGUGGGUGUGUAUGUGGGGUGAGUAAAAACACAGUUUACCUGCCACCCACUGCCACAAACCCCAGGGGGUCUUUGAUGCGAUCAGAGUCUGUGACACCCAUUUACAGUCCUGAAGGUGGAUUAGGUCACUGGAGUUUAAGCUGUUUGACUCACACACUCAGAGUCACAUUUGUUGGCUGUCUGUCGUACAGCUCCACUAAACUUGACCGAGUCACACUUGAUUUCAGGUUUAGAGCAUUUUUCCGUACUCAUGAGUAAGAAUCAUAAGUUUGUAUAUCCACUUAAACAAAGCUCAGUCACACAUGAAAUGCACUCUUAAAGGUGGGAUCAGGACAACUUCUGCUCAUGGUCUGCACAGUUUUCUGCUUCGGGCUGUUUAACAAGAUAUUUAACCUUUCCACUUUGGACACAGAGAAAUAUUAUUGCUUGUUAUUGUGAAAUUCCUCAGAAACAGGGCUGUAGCUCACCCGGCGCCCUGACCUCUACUUUAUGAGAAGAUCAGAUGGGUGAGAUUUCACCUCACUUUCCCAGCAGAUGACCUGCAACAUCCCGUAUUAGCAACCCUUUCCGUGACACAUAUAAAAAUGCACAAUUUGUCGCAUUUUGACACUUCCCGGCUUUUACAGUGGUUACAGAGGAGAAGAUAUACAAAGUGAGAGAUUGCGAUAACCGCAGCAGAAUGACAGAAACUGAGAUAUCUUAAUCUUAGUUUAACGAUAACCCAGAGCUAGUUCUGAACUUUUGUCCCUUCAGACUUUUGAAUGUGUCAAAUCAAACAAAUAGUUCCCAAGAGUUCAGUGGUUUCCUUAGUAACAGGAAAAAAAAGGGUGUAUUUGUCCAACUGACUGUGUUUGUGUAAAAAAUGCUCAUCAGAAAGUUACACCACAUCUUGCGUGAUGCUAAAAAGCUAAACAGCACUGAAGGGAUGAGUUGAUGCUCCUGACUUCUGACCCUCUUGUUACAAACUCCCACUGCAAAGACUUAUCAUCUCCCCCUGAGAUGGCUGUUUUAUGUUUCCCUGCAUGAGCUCUGACACCCAUCAGGAGAAAGGGUCCUUGGAACAUCUGUGUUGUGAUUACUGAAAGCAUUAUUUCUCCUCCCCCCGCGUCCAAGGACCUGCAUUCCACCCAUUCUUACUCCCAAUACCCAGACUGUUUCCACACUCAUGCAGGUAUAUUUUGUGUGGCAGAAGUGAAAUUUCCUUUAAAACCACAUGCAGGGGAAAGUAAGAGAGACAUGUUUGCUGUUUAACCAGCAGGAUAAGUCUUUCUGUUUAUACACAUGCUAGUUCUAAAGAAGCUUCUCAGUUUUACUUUUUCUUCCUCUUUUGUUUCCCUGUGAAUCUGCGGACAGAAUACAGAUUCCUUUCAAACAGCUGAUUAUGAUUACACUUCUGAUUACUUGGACAUUUCAAAAGCAUGACGCACCACAACGCAGUUCCCCCGCAGCUCUGCUCCUCAUCAUCAUGCUUCCAUGUGCUGCUAAUGGCACGGGACUUGUUGAAGUUACACACAAUGGUCAACACUUGGUCAACUAAAAGCUAAAAACAUUAUUGACAGAUAGAAAUCUUCAGCUGUCACAUCACGCUGGUUGCCGUUUUCUAUGUUUAAAUGCUCUUUAACAUCAAAUACUCAGAGUCAUCGCGAGCAAGAACUGCACAUCUGUUUUCUUAAACCGUUUAGUUUCUCCAGGUGAGGAGUCAUGUAUGGGAACUGGAACAUCAGCAGAGUGAGCAAGAUCUGAAUUAUAUAACAUUCACUAUUGCAAUGCCAGGAAAAGGACCUCCACUUCAACUUGAACAAAUCACUUUUUGCGUUAUUCGCGACUGAACUGCUGCAUCAGUGUUCGUGAAUUUUGAAAUUAAAGUAAAUAAUCUAAGAGUUUGUUCAAUUGUUCAACAGUCACUGCAUUAACACCACCACUACAGUAUAUGUUAGCUCACAGUGAGGCUGUAAUCAACCAAAGAAAUUCUUGGUCGACUAAAACCCUGAAAUUUUCGACCAAAAAUCGACUCUGCCGUCAAACCCUUCUGGGAUGACGUGGCGGAGUGCGGGGUGAAAAUAUACUGACAUAGAUGGUAGAGAGGAGGACUCACAUGAAAGUUGAAACGCUCAAAUUAAAAAUAAAUAUUCAGCGAACCACCGGACAUUGAUGAACGUGGACGCUCUUCAAUCUUCCUGUCUCCAGUCGGUUUCCAGUUGUUUGGGCAAAAAUGGUGAAAACAAGGAGGAUGUUCUGAGACAGGCUCUUCCCUGUGAAACUGAAAAUACACCAAUUAACACUUGGUACAUUCCUUCUGAUAAAAUUAACCAUAGAUUGUAAAUUAACGGGGGGAAAAAUGGAGUCAACCAAUCAGAAUUUUGGUCAACUCAGCACGUAUCGACCAAUAAGUCGACCAGUUGACUAGGACUUUACAGCCCUACUGAUCAGUCCUCUGUAAAAAAGACUCCUAAUGUCAAGGCAAAAGUUACACAUCGCAUGUUACCCUCAGUCACUCACGCCUCCCCUGACCUGUCUCAACACCCUUUGGAAACAAUAAUGAGGAAAGUCGAUACAAAAGUGAGCAAUCAUAAUUGAGUAUUUAGCUGUGUAAUAGACACUUGUUUUUUCCCUCAGGAUAGGUGUGGUUUGAAUGAUGAAGCAGUCCGUAGUAUGGCCAUCACCCUAAAGUGACACCGAUACAUCUGUGGGGCCCGAAACACACUUUGACAAAUAAGUUAAUAACCAAAAAUUUUUUUUUUCCUAAACUUCACCACAAAGCUUUGUUUCCUCAAUCUUAACGAUGAGUGAAUGUUUCACAAAACCAACAGAAUGAUGUAGUUUGGAUUAAGCAUCAGGGCUAUUUAAUGAAAACAGGAAAAGAUCCCGGUCCUCUAUAGUCCCUUAUGGGGUUUUGGCACUAUUAUCACUAUUAUAUUAUAUUAAAAUGUAGGUUUAGGGUAUGACUUUGGAGCUGGUCCAAAAACAGACAAGUUACUAUGUGCAUUGAGAAUACAGCUGUCGCUGUGAUGCAGGGUUGCAAUAGUGCUGGGACCCUUAAGCAUAUGGGGGCAUUCAUAUUAUGAAUGUCUGUCUUGGAUGAGUGACCAUUCUCGUGCACAUGGAGCUGUAAUUGUCAGCAAAACUGUCCUGUCCUUCAUUUUUAUCUCCCAACAUAAGACUGAACUGUGGUUUUGUCAGGCGGCUGUGUUUGUCAGUUACAAGGACUGUGCUCAGUGUGUGACUGACACAGGCAGUAUAUUUUUGGAUCAUUUGGAUAACAGUAUCACACAGUGUGGUUUCUAUGAGCACAUUUUCAGAGUAUUCCAAUUUUAAAAAACAGCAUAAAACUUCUAAUUCAUUGUGUCUUAUUUCUCUUAUAUGUGAGGGAAAAAUGUUCAUAAUAUCAAUGCAUCAGGUCGGUCAGUCAGUCAGUCAGUCAACAAUGACAGAAAGAGGAACCAGAAAGUACCAAAAUGAGGAUAUAAUUAUAUUUCACAAAAAGACGCGCAACAGUUUGUUUUCCUCUGCUGUCACAGUCAUAAAACUCCCCUGUAAAAACUUAAGAGUGUGGUGAACAUCGGGUAUUUCCAUGGGCAUGUUAGCUGAUACGUGCUAAGUUGUGAAGACAUAAAAUGAAUUCAGCUUUUUAAACUAAUUAAGUAAAUCUGACUGAAAUUAACAUCAUCGGAAACUAACAACAAGCUGGACCAGCUGAGACAUUCAAACAGUGAAAUGAAAAUACGCAGUCUUCUGCAUCAUUAGAUAUGAAUCUUAACAGUAUUGUUUUUUUUGUUAUUACUGCCACUUGGUGUGAAAGUGUUUGCUGCAGAACCCCAAUGCAGACAUACGGAUCUCUAAGAAGUGUAGCUAUGGACGGAAUUUCUCUGGUGAUUAAUUUGAUAUAAUUUACUCCACAACUUGGAAAUCCUGCUUUACGCAUUAUUCAUCGGAAAAUAAAAACAAAAUUUCAGUCUUAGAAGUGCAAAACUCCUGUAAAAAAUGCAGAUUCAAGUGUCCUUAUGAGAGUGAACAACCCUUUGUAAAUAUUUGACUCCUCCUUUAGCAUUCAAAAUAUUGUCCUUGGGGAAUAAAACUAAUGGACUGAAUUUGAAUACAAUAACAAGUUUGUUUGUGACAAAGAGAAACCUGAAAUGAGUGAUUGAACACGUUAGACGGCUUUACAUUUAUAAUAAACAGUACAUUAUAAGUUUAAUAUUCCAGCCCUACAAUAAUAACAGUGUGACUCUUUAAAUACUUCCAGACCACAGCAUGUUGCACAAUUUUCCCGCAGCUUCACUGUUCAAUGACGUCUCUACGCUCAUGUUUUUGUCGUAUAAUAUUUGCAUAUUGAAGUCAAACCUUCAAAAUUGACUCUCUGUCCAAGUCAUGGCCAGAAACGCCUCUAAACAUUUGUUUUCAAGUACAGAGCAUUAGCGACUUUGCUUUGAGUGGUCAGCAAUGUAUUUGCUUUUAAGCCAAACCCUGAAAUCCCUGCAGAGCGCACUGAUGCAAUCCAAUAUUGCAUCUGCACUAUGGUGAUGUAAUCAGCAGAAUCUCUUUCCAAUAGUGAGAUUUCAUUAGAGGAUGAAUGGACACACCCAACAAUAAAGUACAGAGAAACAAGACACAUAUGGGAGGCUGCUACCCUGGAGUCAAGCAUUGUUCAUUAUUUGGAAAAAAUGCAAAUAGCAGUGAUACAACUUUAAAAAAAACUGGGGUACUGACAAACUACAUUUAUGUAAAAUGAAAGUCUUCAAGUUCCUCAUUUUCCGUAAGUCUUUGUUGGGAAAUAUGACUGAUCUUCAUUUAAAGUAGGUACCAACUUUCAGAUCCAAGUUUCAGGUGUCUUAGGUAUUUAAUAGAAAAUAAAUGUACAAAGUUCAUUUCUCUUCUUUGCUUCAAUGACCUCACAUUUCCCCUGAAUACUGACACAUCACAGAGAUGGUCCAGAACACUCUGAAAAGACUGGGUGUGGACUUCUCUGGAAGAAGAUCCAGUUCAGAUCAUCUCUUCUCAGCAAAACCCCCUUUUAUAUUCGCCUGUCCAAUGUAUUUGCUGUAUUAUCUUGUGUAAGUGAGACAAUGAUAUGAUUACUGUUUACAUGAAUAUCUCUGUGUAUAUCUAAUGUCAUGUGUGUUUGUGUCACAGAGUUCAUGCUAAUUCCCUCAUUAUGGCAUUUCUGAAGGUUUUGUCACAGUUGUUUUUCCUGCCAUUUAGCCUGAAAACCUACUUUGCUAAAACAUGUGGAAGAGAUCACAGCAGAGAAACCUUUCAGCAAAGAAGCUUAUGAGAAAGAUAUUUGUAAAAUGAAAGGGGAGGUCUAUAUACUCUGUGGAUAAUAACCCAUGAGUUGGAUUUCAGUUGUUAGUGGGAUCCCUCGAAGAAUUUAUCGCCAAAUUAAAGUACUUCUUUAUAAGUUAUUUAUUGCUGAGUUAAUUAGAAGUAAACCGCUGCUGUUGUUGGCUUUGAGCAAACCAGAAGUCAUGGUGAAACCCAAUCAACUUGUCUGCACAGAGCUGUUGAUAAUUUAGAAAGUUGAUUCCUUCUCAUCAGGGAAUAAAUCAUUAUCACGUCAGAGCACAUCUAAAGUUUAGUGUUCAAGAUGUGCUGCUGUUGCUGGUGAGAUGAUGUCUGUGUUGGAUCUUUGGUUAUAUGGUAGCUGACUGUGGACUUUAUGUGACACAUUGGACUUAAAGGAACCGUGAGGAGUUUUAACUGGCUGAGAAACAGGCUAAAACGUAACACCAGCGGGAACAUAUACCCAGCAGGGGUGCUAAGAAAAAAAGCUCUACAUUGAUAAAUUUUUUAUUUUAAUUUAAAAAUACCAGCGUGGCAAUAUUGUUACAUGCAGCAGUAACACAUAGUCAACUGUGUUGUUUACUCAGGAAGCCACCCAAAAAAUGAACAUAUGAUACAUGAGACAUCAGUUCUCAAUCAAAAACCAAAAUUACUUUUAAUUCACAGAUAAUUCAGAUCCUGAUUGGUCGUGGGUGUGUCAUAACGGUAAGCAAUGUAAACGAUGUGUCACAGAGUUCGUGUAACUGUUCAUGGUGCUGAUCAACUUGACAACAGUAGAAAAUUUGUCACAGCUUCUGUCCACAUUACUGUGGUGCUGAACGGUGGUGCGUAAAGGCGUGCUGAAGUGUUUUACCUUACUGUCUUUUCUGUGGCUUUCCACCAGUUUGUGAAACCUCCCUUGAUAAAACAGCUGUCUAACUGCGCACUGUCUGCAUGAAUCAGACCUUUCUCUACUGCCAUAGCUGUCCUCAAUAUAAUGCAGUUAUCUCCAUUUGGUCAACCAGCUAACAAAACAUUUCCUUAGUUGGUUAAUCUGCUGCCUCUGGAACGUUAACAUUAUGACCAGGGAUGUUAGCUUGAACUGCGGGCGCACAGCUCCUGUCCCGGUCCCAGUGAUCACUGUCUGAGGGUGCUGUUGCUGUUUUGGUCGUUUUAGGGGUACGUUUUAGAUACAUGACAGUUGACCUUACACAUACAUGGUCAUUUGACUAGCAUGAGGAAUAUUAGGUCAGACUGCAACAAUUUAUAGUGAUUAGUGUUUCCCGUUAACUUUAUUUAUCUAUUUAUUUUUCAUUUUUGGGAUACUGCAGCGCCGCCAACACCCCGACUUCACGCAGUACUGCUGAUGCCGCUUGUUGCUGAUGGUCUGAGUUGCUUUACAAUGACAUUCUAAAGCAACCCAGACCAUCAGCAACAUGACAGAAAACUCCUCAGUAGAUAUUUGUGAUAGCUGAAACUGCUGUGAGGGAGUAGGUGUCAGAGCAGAUGAUUGACAGCAGGCCUGAGAGAUCGCCUUUUCCCAUGGCAAAUAUUCACAGUAAGUGAUGCAUUUCACUCUUAAAAGACAAGUUUCAUGUGUACAGGACAGGAUACAAGAGUUAUCACUUGGAAAAUCAGCUCAACAGCAACUUUACAUCUUUUAGAUUUUUAAUUAAGUUAACCAGAAAUGUCCUCGGUUUCCCUUAUUUUGCUCUACUUUUGCUUCAAACCUACAAAAAUAUAAUACUGGUUCCUCUUUUGCUGUGAAACUUCAUCCUUUAUGAUUUGACUCUAUUUUAUUUAUCCCAUAUAUCAUAAUAGUCAGUUUGGUUCAAAAAUAAAAAUUCCAGUCAAAAUUCAUCUGUAAACAUGCAAAAAUACUCACUAUUUUGCAAAAAUAAAGUCUAAAUUAUAUGGUUCGCCUCAUUCUACUCUGUUUUAUUCUAUUAAUAGCCGUCACAAUGACUGAACACGUGUGGUUUUGGGGCUUUGAGUGCUGAAAUGGAAGUGCUUAAGUGGUUGGAGGGGUAUCAUCCAUUAACGAACCGUGAAUCAGCCGGUCACAACCGCUGUCACACAUGACUCAACGCUAACUCUCAAUCCAGCUCUUGUCCUGAGCUGUGCCGGUCCACAGCAACUGUUUUAGAGAAUGUACAAGUGUGAGGGUGUGUGUGUGUGUGUGUGGCAGUGAUCACCCAGCCAUAAUGUUCAAGAGAAAGUCCGAGAAUGAAAGCCUAUGUGUGCCAGUGUGAGCGUCGUAGAAGCCCCGUGUCUCUGCUUUCUGGGUUAGGAGUGUGGAAACAAUGGGCACAUUGUGUGGGGAGUUGGCAGAGUGGAAGGGGGAGGUAGAGCAGUAGGAGGGGGAGGAAGAGGAGGAGGAGGAGGAGGAGGGGGAGGAGUGAAGUGAAGAGGAGACAGGAGGGGAAAGCUGAAGGAAAAAGAUGCCAGAGGAUGAGCUUAAGGGUGAGGACAGAGAGAAAGGGUGGAGAAGGGCGGGAAGAACAUCGCGUUGAAAACUGCUAAAAUGGAGAAAGUUUGAAAAAGUUUGAAAGGAGGAAACGACAGGAAAAAGAGGAGAGUUUUGGGGAGAAAAGGUGAGGAGGAGAAAAGACUAUUUAUAGUCAGAGGUAGGCAAGGAAGGGAGGAAGAGGAUAGGGCUUUCUAAGCAGAAAAACGGGGUGGAAAAAGAGAGCAGGACACAGAGAAAGGGAUAGAAGAGUUUUCAGAACUAUGUGGGAAAUGCUCAAAUUAAAAAGUCAAAUCUUCAGAUGCUAGCUGCCAAAGAACACGGGUCAUAAAUCACCUUCUCUGAUAUAUGCAGGAUCUACUAGGUCCUCUGGAAACGCUCAUGGAUGGUGGCUCCAGCUCCCUGGAACAAACAAGUCACCCCGGUCCUGAGAUACUGACAUGAGUCAUGACGUGUGACUUUAUCCAUCCAGUGAAACUUGUUACAUGACGAAUGUUUUGCAAGUUAUAACUGUUUGGUGGGAGGUCUUUAAGGCUUAAGAAAAAAUGAUGCCAGAUGGGAGCAAAGCAACAAAAAUCACGAUCAACUCUGAGUGAUUUAAGGUUUCAUGCUUAAAGUCAGUGAAAAAAACAGAUGGAUGUAUCGUGAUCAUCGAAACCUCCCAGAAACAGAAGGAUUCUUCUGCACAGUGUUGUUGACAGUUGCACUUGUUUAGGAAAACAAGUCUGUUGAUGUGUGGCUGACUCUAUACACCAAUUAUAACGUCAUAUUUUAGCUGGGAGGACAUAACUGAUUGUGUGACAGAAGAGCAUUAGUUAGACGUUAUCCUCAGUACAAGUGCUAUUGCGAUAUUUUGUCUGGUGAUAUAUCGUAUCGUCUCAUUUACCAAGUAUCGAUUUUUCUAAUUAAUUGCUAAUGUGAAGUCAAAUCUAUGAUAAUGGAAAAAUAAAAUCAACUUUUUGUCCAGUGAGGUUGUUAGAGCAGGAGAAAGUUAGUUCGACAAAUAUAUAAAAGUUUUUCAAGAUGUGCCACAUGAAAAUAAAAUACAGUGUAAAAAAGACAAACAUAAAGGAAAGACAAAUGCUAAAUUAGCUAAUCAGUUGAAAGAAUUAUAUAAAACGCAAUAUAUUGUAUAGGAUUACUUGCUGUAUUGCAGAAUGUUAAAAAUCGCAGUAAUAUCGUAUCGUGGCCCAAGUGUCGUGAUAUUAUUGUAUCGUGGGGCCAGUAGUGAUUCCCACCCCCAAUAGACACAGGGGAGGGACUUUGUCAGAAGUUUAUCUGUUCUGUGUUUUUUCUUACAACUUCAGCAAUAUGUCUGAGUAAAAUGAACUUAAAACCAGUACUGUAAAAUCACAUUUAUCAUCUCAUGCACUAAAAAAUGCUUUUAAAUUCACGUGAACAUAGUUUUUGUUUUUAUAAAAUCACUUUCAGAUGUUACCUCUGUGAAUCAGAAUACAUUCACUUUUACAAGUCUAAUAGAGAAAAUGCCACACAGCUGUAGUCCACUGCUUUGGUAUUUAAUUUCAUGAAGUAAAAAUGAGUUUAAAUCUUUCAAAAAUCCUCACAAUGUCAUGGACGUUGCAGAGGAAUCAUUAUUUGGGUUUCCCUCUUUCAUGCUUCAUGUUUUGUUUUUUUAUGAAACUAACUAAUAUUAAGCUACUUUGUGUAUAUUAAACAUGGGCACAUUUUUGGUGUUGGAAUACAUCUGUGGAGGUCAAACAACCACCAAGCGUUGCCAAAUAGACCUGAUGACAAAAGAGACCUAGGAAGUGGACAGACGUCACAAACACGAGUCAAAGCAACACAGGUGUAGUAGUGACGGUGUGGUCCCAGAGUGACUGGCUGUCCAUCACAGAGAAGUUUGACCAAUAAGAAAGGAAUAAAAGACGGAGAAAGGGAUGAGAUACAGCAAGAGGGAAGACAGCAGACAUCAACUCUGAGAGCCAAUCCAAGAGUGGGAUGUUAAUGUGGGGCUCAAGAAUGUCAGACAAAUAUGAGGGGGUGCCCAUUUAGUGUCUGUAAAUCACUGGAAACCUCUCAGUUUCUUAUCAAGUAAUAAACUUCAUAUACUCAUUUUGAUUUCGGGCGCAAGUGAUUUAUAGUUCAAAGAGGGAAAACAGUGCUUCCCUUGGAAAAUAAUGUAAAACAUGGACAAGUUCAUCAUGUAAGACUUCAUCCUGUUAAUGAACUCCCUUUGGAGCAAAUCCAAAAUAGACUCCCACAUCAGUGAUCUGUCUGACUAACCAAUAAAUUUUCUCUAGAGCAGACUAAACUCCGUCUCAGAGUAGAAACAACAUGUCCGAGACAACUUUUAACAGUGUUUCCCAAAACAGCUUUAUACCUCUCAGGACCAUAUUAAGAAGGUUGGAUGAUGUAUUGUUGUUAAAGUGGGAGCAGACGAAGGUUAUGGUGCUGUAAUUUGUUUAACUUCUGUUCAAGCAUGAAUCUGACGAGACCCAGCCAGUCUACCUCAAUACGUAAGAAACUAGUGUUUACAAAAUGGAGCAGUUUCACUUCAACUGGCAUAUUAAUAGAUUAAGAUUAAGAUCAAGACAAACUGAGAUUCCACUGAAGGGUCAUUCCUCAAGGAGUCAGAGUCUUUCUUUUUAAUUACAGACGGUAAGAAAAAGUGUUUUUGCUCAUCCAGCCAUCAUCAGUGUCAUGGAGAGACCAUGCAAGUGUCCUUUCAGUAAAAGAACAGAAGUGAUCUCCAGAGGAAAAUGUUUAACGAAUUAGUUAGAAUUAUUUGUUACAACUAUCAGAAAGUAAUUGAAUCACUGAAGCUGUUUUCAGACAUGCACAUUGGAAAAUUUCAGGAAAAUUUGAGGUCUCCGACUUUGAAAUUUACAGACAGACACCCACACAACAGCAAGUCUCCUCUGUCAGACAGGCAGCUGUAGGGGGAUCUCAGGAGGCUAACAUGACCCCUAACAGACAUCCAAUAUGUGUGCUAAUAAAAAAAAAGAAAGAUUUAUUGUUUUCGUUUGACUGAAACUGGUCUUUUAGAGUACACUUCAACAUAUUAGCCAACUGAAAUCGCACUAAAUCAAACUUCUCGAAGAUGGAUCAAGAUACUGAGAUUAUGUGGUUGGGAUUGAUUUCCUUUCCAUGUAUUCACUUCCACUAAACUGAAACUGGCUUAAGUAAUCUUCACCUUCAACGCUAUGUACCAAAGUCUUGAUUUAUCCUAGUUUGGCAUAUGUUGGAGACAAAUGUUUUCAUACAUUCUGUAUUGUUGAUAAACACUUGAUAAUGCCUAUGGGUGUACGAAGAUCACAUAGCUCACCCGGGGAUACGCUGUUUGAGCAGAGCGUCAUCACAGUGACUCUCUGCAUACAACGCUACUGCACAAGUGGUGGUUAGGAAGAAGGAAAAACCUGGAAAUACUGAGAGCUUAUACUGGCGGAAGGUGGAACCAAGUUGUCCAUAGUAUAUAAAGUCUAUGUACAGUACAUGAGAGAGAAAAUUAAUCAACACUGGUUGCUAUGUCUGGAUCAAGAGCUUCUUUGAUUAAAUCUGAAUUAAAGAUGAAGUAAGGUUUGAAUAUUGGGUUGCAUCUAAAAUGAGCGUUCUCCUAAAUACAAUAUCUCAGCCUCAGACUUUUAGGUUAUACGACUUUAACUGAACUUUUUAUCGAAGAAUAUCUGGAUGACUCUUAUUGAAAAUCAGAUGCUGCAUCAUGUUCUUGUCUUCAAGAUUAAAGGUUAAGGUUAAGGUUUGGGUCAGGGUUUGCUCUUGAUAUGCUUGUGGCUCCUUUCCCACUACUGACAGGCUGAGUUAAAGACAAAGGAGGAUAAUCAAAUUUGAUUGAUGUUGAAGAUAUCGAGAUAUUUCUAAGACAAGAAGGAUUUUAUAGAACCCUAAAGAGAAAUUAUGGGUCAGUUUUUACUCAAAUGCAAACAAAAAUACAGUCUUUGUUAUUGUUUCUGAAAGAGAGACCAUAAUACAUGAAUGAAUGUGUGUUGUGUGUGUGUUGAUUGUGUAUUUUAGGCGUACACAAAUGUGCGGAUGUCGCACUGGUGCUGAUCUGUAAGUUAUGACCUCACUCGUAAGGAUUCCAGGGUGGUCCUUCCAUUGCCUGUCAGACGCACACACACUAUUACACACACAGAGACACAAAACGCACUUUCUUCUUUCCCUCCACGCAGCCUCACUUUGUCACACGUUGCUAACAAGCAUGAAGGGAGUGUGUCGACACACACUGAAACACAGCCAGCGUUUUGUCCUCUGCCUUUAACGCCCAGGGUUCAAAUCAUUGUGCACACACUUGCGUUAAAAUGCUUCAACAACUGAGUCAUUCAAACUUUCCCUUUUACUGCACACUUACACACACCCAGGUGCAGGAACACAGAAUUCUGAAUUCCCCCUUAUUGGGGUCCUCUGUCUUGCUCUUUUUCCUUUAUAUGAGACCCACCCACCAACACACACCCACACACAUGCACGCACGCACAAUGACAGGAUCUCUCUCUGCAGGCUCCAAAGGUCUGAUGAAAGUGUUGGGAAUGUGUGCUGAGAGGCCACUGACACUUCCUCCACUUUCUAGUACUGACGAAUGGCCUCAGGCAUCUCAUGCCCCGGUGAGUGCUCCCUCCAGACGUUUAAUGACCAUGAGCCACAGAUGACAAACACAAUAAGUGGACUUUUAUCUGCGGCGGUGGUUGUCGUAUGGCUCCCUUGCUAUGGAUCUAUCUUACAUUAAUGUCCCUCAGCAGCUCCUUUCACCGCCUCUUACUGUAAUGGCUGAGUAAUUGCUUUUCUGGAUGGAAGUAACUAUUAAAGACCCAACAUGGAGGUUUGAUAAUGUCCUUUCAAAAUUAAUUAAAUAUCACUACAAACACAGGGGAAAAAUAAGAAACCCGUCACAAACAGGAAACAGAUGCUUUCUGGUGACAUAUAACUGGUCUGUUACUAGAAAGGAGACCUCUCCUGGAGUCUGGUCUUUUAUGACACAUUAAUGCUGAAAUUAAAGCUCCAGUGAGCAACUUUAAGUUUAUGUCAACUUUGGUGCCCCCUGUGGACAGUUUUGCACCUUUGCAUGCUCAAGUGAUUGGUGACAAAAAGUCGCAUCCUGCCAACAUUUGUCAUCAAUGUGUAUCAUUCAUUGUAGAUAUUUGUUUGAUAAUUGUGAAAACAAGGCUGUUUCUGAAGUAGAGGAUAUUUUUCGGGAAUUCCCGUGGGUCACGUGAUUCCUGCAGGAAUCCCACGGGAUGGGAUUCAUUUUUUAAUUAAUCCUGUGAUCGGGACGGGACGGGAAAAAGCGGGCAGGAGCGGGAACAACAUUAAUAGAUGAUCAUUUUCAGCCGUGUUAAACAACCAGAUGAACAGAUGCGUCCAUUUUUGCUGUCAGCUCUCAGUGAGAGCCUACAUUCUUGACCGCGCUAGCAACACAAAAGAACUACAACAGUGGUUUGACUUACUGUCACCACCGGAAGUGAAAAGCGAUUCGGAGCGGCUGCCGGCGACAAUUAUGUGUGUCGCCGGCAGCUGCUCAGACGCUGUGACUCGGCUGCCACUUUUACCUAAAAAAUUUUAUUUAUUCAUACAUAUUAUGCACUGCACUUUCAGUUGAUUUCAUGAACAUUAAAAAACAACUUGUCACAGGAGCUUUAAUAUACCUUUUUGUGUAUUAUCUGAUAACUGAGAAAAGUUUCACUGACCUAAAUCUUUAGUAGAGACUCUUUUCAAAAGUCCUGUUUAAGAAAUGAUUUACAGCUUUAUCAUGUAGGGGUUUCAAUCAAGUGUAAAAUUACUUGAAAAAUGCACCCUUAUCACACCAGCCACAGGCCGUUGUUUAUUUUCGAACAUGCGUCUUUAGAAAUAAAUGUGCAGACACAAAGCAGACACAUCCGGCUUGUCUGGAGCGCCGCGGCGUUUGCAAUAAUUCAGUAAAGCUAUUAGAAGGUUUCACUGCUAUUUUGGCGCAUGAAAUAACAUUGGACAGCCACUCCAAGCAAACAUGGAGACCCUUAUCAGCCCACCUCGGGAAAUUGAAUUUAUAAACAUGGUCCUGGACGGCGUUUAUUUAAUUGAUUAGGACUUCCCUUUUACUGUUAUGCCCUGUCACGCCUAAUAAACACACUGGUUUGGUCUAACGAGUAUUAAGAUGUAAAACACUGCUAUCACGUAAUUGAUGGACAGUAGUGCUUCUGGCAUAAGCUGGGGUUAAUAAAAUGGGCUAAAUAUAGAAGUCGUCUCAUGAAGUUGAAGCAGCCAGGAAAUAAAUAAUGGCUUUUAAGCCUCUGUUCCAUACGGCCCUCUGCGUUACGUAACAUAUCUUGUAUUUCACGGCUGUCAAAACAGUAUGUUUCCUAUAAAAUUUAGUGCUCUUUAAUGGUCGAGAUGCAAGAGCUGAAAAUAUUUCUGGCAACCUUCUACUUAAAUAGUUUUCAGCACUGCCUCAUUUCCUGCGAGUAAGUCUUCUUUUGCAUGAGAAUUUUUCAGAGGUAAAGGUUGCAAUAGGUUUUCCAACAAAUUAGUCCAAGAGAGGGAAGAAAUCCGUCAUGUUUGCAGUUCAGUUUUGGCAGAGUGGAGAUGUUUGCUGUGUCACAGCAGAGAGAAAGGAGGGCUUAGAGGAUUUGAAUGGUCUUAUUGGGAAGUAAAUCAAGUGAGAAACCCCGAGCCUUCAACACAAAACUUCUCCUUGUUCCUCCCUUCCUUGUCACAUCUUUUACUGCAGUUUUUAACAGUUCUUUCUCACAUUAAAUGUCUUUCUUAAACACACAAUUUCACACACAAUUCGCUGCGGUCCUGAGGGUGUGCUCAGAAACUCGGAUUUCAGGGGAGAGGCUGUUGUUGUUGAUGUUGUUUAGUAUUUAAAGCAGAAAUACUCAUAAAUUCACUCCGAUGGGAGGAAAAAUAAAAUGUUCAGCCUCACAUCACUCCGGAGUUUGUUUAGAUAGAUCACAUAUCCUGGGUAAACACACAGACAGUACAGCAGGCUUGCGUGCACACCCACAGACACACAUCACCAUUGAUUAAUGUUGACUUUGACUUAAAAAGAAGGGCAUAAAGGCCACCCCAUCAAAUAUUAGACAGACUUUGGUUUGGAUUUCCCUCAAUCUCUGAGAACAGGAGCUUAUUCAGUCACAAUCUGAUGAUGGUAUAUGUCAGCCUAAUCUAUUUCAGUUUGGGGUUUCAUAUUCACACUAAAGGAACAGGUUAAAAAAGUUCUGCAUGUUAAACAUCUGGACUCAAAGAGAGGAACUCCAAACUGUUGUGAUCUUGAGACAUCUGAAAUUUGACUCACACAGUCCAGCUGCCAACUGGAGGUGAACAACCAGAUGUGAUCUCCUGAUGCAAUCCUUCUCUGUGGAAGUUUUAUUUGUGGGAAUUGUUGUGAGGAAAGGGGUAGUGUUGCAGAACAGUGCAUGGGAAAAAGGAACUUUCUUUAUAUACAUGAGAUAUCCAGCAAAUCUCGAGAACAUGUAUCAGAUAAAACAUCUCAUCAUCUUCAUGUGUACCUUUACCUGACUAUUUUAACGUGUGCUUCAUUUCCUCCUUACAGAAAGCACCACUACCACCAUGGAGGACGAACAGUGUUACUACAAUGAGACCAUUGCCUUUUUCUACAACCGCAGUGGCAAGUAUCUUGCUUCUGACUGGAACACUGUCAGCAGGCUGGUGAUGGGUCUGGGAAUCACUGUGUGCAUUUUCAUUAUGCUCGCCAACCUCCUAGUGAUGAUUGCCAUCUACGUCAACAGGAGAUUCCACUUCCCUAUCUACUACCUGAUGGCCAACCUGGCAGCUGCUGACUUCUUUGCUGGACUUGCAUACUUCUAUUUGAUGUUCAACACAGGACCCAACACAAGGCGUCUGACUGUUUCCACGUGGCUGCUGCGCCAGGGUUUGAUUGAUACCAGCCUCACGGCGUCAGUGGCCAACUUGCUUGCCAUUGCAAUAGAGCGCCAUAUUACUGUGUUCCGCAUGCAGCUACACACACGUAUGAGUAACAGACGGGUAGUUGUAGUGAUUGUCAUAAUCUGGACUAUGUCCAUCGUGAUGGGGGCCAUCCCCAGUGUGGGCUGGAACUGUAUCUGUAGCAUUAGGUCUUGCUCCAAUAUGGCACCACUUUACAGCAACUCCUACCUAGUCUUCUGGGCAGUGUUUAACCUGGUGACGUUUGUUGUCAUGGUGACACUAUAUGCCCACAUCUUUGUCUAUGUGCGCCAAAGAACCAUGAGGAUGUCUCGGCAUAGUUCUGGACCACGACGCAACCGGGAUACCAUGAUGUCUUUGCUGAAGACCGUGGUCAUUGUUUUGGGUAAGCCUAAACCUGUCGGCCCAUCUCUCUGUCUCUCUUUCUCUCUUUCUGUCUGUCUGUCCAUGCAUACAGUCACGCAUCCACACACCCAUACAUCUGUCUUUUUGAUCUUUUCGCUAACUGCCUGAAAGUGUAGCUGUUUUGGUCCGUCUGGCUAAUCCACUGCACUUAGACCACUUCUGUGUUUACAGCAGCAGUUCCCCUCUCUGUCUGUCUUGACUGAUUUGUCUGUAAUGGGGAUUAUGACAUUUCAACAGUACCAGUAAGAGAACAAUGAAUCUGUUGAUUGGCCUUUCUGUGGGGCUGUAUGGUUCUGUGGAAAGUCCAAGCUCAGUGGCUGCCUAGCACGUGUGAGGCUCAAAUACAUCACUUCAUGCCACCCUUUGUCCCGGUCAGUAGGCUAAUACUGCUCUGCACAAGCAGCGCAUGCAGCAGGCCUGUGAAAUGCAUCCUAAAUCUGCUGUCAUAAAAUAAGGAAUCAAGCCCUGUGUAACUGUGUAUUUCUAUAUUUUAUGUGGUUUGUUUACAUGAGACAAUGAACUCUAUUUUUCACUCUAAGCAAAAUCACUUCCCUUAUUUCCUGAGGUGAAUGAAAGAGAGGAUUGUACAAAUGCUGACAUUCAUUUGAGGUUGAGAGUAUGUUGAUAUAAGUCUGUGGAUCAUCUUUCUAACUACACAGAAAUUCCUAAUGGUCAUGACUUACAAAAUCAGAACCACAAUUGAUGAGGUGGAAUGGAUACUAUAUUUCUGUUUAACUGCUAUUAUUAGAUUUUUGAAGAAUGAAAACGAAUGCACACAGCAUAUCUAUUGUUUCUGGUUUGUAGAAGAUUUUUGCCAUUUGCAGUGAUUUGGUGCUAAUUAUAAGCAUUAAGGUCAAGCUUUGUAAAUUUUUGUUCUGUUUUGUGCGUUUGAAUACGGUCAGUGAACCAUCUCUUAAGAAAUUAAAGGGACCUGCCUUAUUUUUAGCCUCAGCUGUGUGUGCAGUCUGACAGUUUAGUAUAAGCACCGAGCAGAGAUUUGUUCAGGUCUCUUCAGUGUGUGAUUAAUAGAGGGAUCACUGAGUUUAUACGUGGACUGACUGUUGCACAGUAGCAGACUGUCUAAACUCUGUGUUAAAGUAAGUUCGAGUGUGAAUUGUGGGAAAAGGCCUUUUUUUCUGCCUUGAAGCAGGAUGUGUUGGUCCCAGACAAAACAUACCAAAGGAUUCUGUGUGAUUUGUCUCCUAUGUGCUGUGUAAUCUCAUCCUGUUGCCUCUGUUGUCUUUGCUUCACUCUUAAUUCAGAGCAGUGGACAGCAGAGAGUGCUCUGCAGUGUUCAGUAUGUUUAAGACACAUUUUCCGCUGCCUAAAGAUUUUUGUUUGUUUCUCUUUGUUUAACCCGCCUCGUAGGUCAGAAACUUUACCCCUGAAAAUAGGGAAGUGUCUCUCUGUCUUAUCUGUAUUUUCAUGCCUUGUGAUGGGUGGAUUUACAUCUUUUUGUAUGAAAAGCACUUUUUUAAUUAAAGGGAUAUUCCAGCAUAAAUUUAAGUUAGGGUCAAACACACCGUAACAUCGAGUCAGACACCCCCUCGAGAGAUGAAUGUUGGCGACUGCUUGCUUCUAUUGUUAUACCAACUUUAGUAACAACCGCACGAUAGCAAUACACAGCAAUCUAUGGAUCCAUGCGCACACCUCCAACAAAACGCCACUCUAUAGACACAAAUAAUGCUCAGAACAGCACCUGACUUCAUCAACAGGACAUAUAGGGUCCCAGCCAUAGCACUAGCCACCAAACAUAUUUUUAGCUUUUCCAGGUUUCCCUAGUAAAGAGACUAAACAGAACUCACCCACUCUCCUCCAGCAGCCGCUUGUUUGUGGGGGAGCCCUAACAAGUCGAUCACCGAGUGCAGCGGAUCAUUUCCAUGAAGUAAAAAUCAUCAUAAUAAUCAUUUUGCACUGCAGACGUGGUAGUUCUUCUCCCUUAGCAUCUCGGUCUGAUUGCUAUUCCAUGAAGUAAUGAUCAUAAAUGUUUUUCCUUGAGCUGUGAAACUCCACUGCACUCGGUGAUCGACUCGUGAGCGCUUCCCCCACAAACAAGCGACUGCUGGAGGAGGAAGAAGAACUACCACAUCUGCAGUGCAAAAUGAUGAUUAUGAUGAUUAUUACUACAAGGAAAUGAUCCGCUAAGAAUAAUUCCAUUAAAUAUAAGACCAUCAAAGAGAGGACACAGUUUAAUCUUUGUUGGUACUACAUUCUCUCUUUCUCUGCGGAUCUUUCUACUGUGCCAUCUUCCCCUUUAAUAAAUCAAAUAACCAAUCGAUUGUGACCUAAUAGAUCUUCAUGGCCUGCAUUUCGGGUACAAACCAGCAAGUCCUAACUGGUCCGGUCUUUUUCCACGGUAAAAUAGUUGAGGAGAAGUUGAAACUCUUUGUGUGAUUGCAGCUGCCUUUUUGUAAACAGUGUUUCGUACACCACUACAGACAAAGCUCUGAGUCAUUCAGUAACACUUAAGCACACAACUCAGUGAAUUACUGUUGUGUAUUGUUGUAAUAUAUUAAGAAGAAACCUUGGUUAAUAAACUUGUACCUGAUUCUGACAGGUGACUUCAUACUAGAGGAGAAAAACUAAACAGAGACAACAGUGCCAGGCUCUCAGGUUCUUCAGCCUCCUUAGGGGUUAAAGUUUCCAUUGAUUUAAUUAUGUUGUACUUUUUUAGAGGAAGAUUGAGAUGAGUUGAUGAGAAAGUAAACCCCAUAGCAAUUCCCUGUCCACCUUCUCCCAUCUGCUGACCAGAUGAUAAUAACUACUCCCUCAGUGCCUGCUGCCCUCUUCACUCUGUCCUUCUCAGGAUACUGUAAAAACCCGACAUGGAUGAUUUCUCCUUGGAAGGAAAGGCUGAGAAGUUCAAAAAUGUGGUUACACACACUUGCACACAUGCUUAGCAAAGGCACAUACUGUACAUGUAUACAUAAAGGUCUCCACACUCACAGAAACCCCCUGCCAACUCAUGAAGAACAGCGGUUUAUCGGAUUGGCUUUAUUCACUUAAAAUCAGAUGUUUUCAGUCAGUUGAAUGAUGGGAAGAUGAAACCAGAAUCUGGCUUGUACUCGACUUGUUUGACCAAACCAGUAAACGGAUUAUGACACUGGACAUUGGAAAAAUGUCUCUCAGCAACACAGCAGAACUCCUUUUGCCUCCACUAUAAGGGGGUAGGUGUCAGACCAGUCAUUGGCAGCAGGCUGAAGAAACAGCUUUAUUUUUAGGUUUUAGGAUUGAUUUAUUCUUUAUUUUUUAAAUGGGACAAUUUGCAUUAAUGAACAUUUACAUGUAAAUACAAGGGAUUACAGCCAACCGGCUAAUUUCCAUCCCCAGUUCCAUUAGCAGGUUGGUGUCAAUAAAUAAAACCAAAAACAAACAUCGAUAACAGGAGUGAAACACACAGAGCCUAUCAGCAACAAUAUAGAUGACAUACAAACCAAAAAUAAAAACAGGCUGAGAGUUGGAGGACCACACACUGAAUCAUGAAGUGCUGGAGUGCUAACUAAAGUGCCAAGUGCCAAAGUGCACAGCACUAGCUGCCUUGGAGCUCAGGUCCCCAUUAUUUAUUACAAACUUGAACAAAGUUUUCAAACUUGCCAAAACAGUGGGCGGUUUUAUCUUCUUGUGGUUCUGCUGUCAGGGCAGACUCUGAAUUUUGUUCGUUUGGCCACUUGUUCUCUUCUGCUGAAAAACACGUUUGAAUGACACCAACAGAGAUUCUCCUCAUCACUUUUCAAUGAGUCAACAGCACUGCCUUAUUAACCAUGACCCCUGUUCCCUGUGUGUCUGUGUGUCAGGUGUUGGCCCAUGAAGGGGUCGUCUGUGAAUAAUUUGAUUAUCUUAAAGCCUGUGGUGCUGCGUGCGGUUGCAUCGUCAGACAGUGUGGAGCGCCAGAACAUACCAUCAGCCGAACACAUGCAAACAGAUGCUGUAUCACUGACAUACACUUAUUUGAGAAUCACACUGUAUAACCAAUCAAUGUUCAACACAACAACUCACUGGCUCUUCUAUCUGUGACUGCAAUGAAUGAAUGAGAGCAGAACCAAUCAGGGUCUGUCUGACAGUGUCACCUGUUUUCUGUUAGAGUGUGUGUGUGUGUGUGUGUGUGUGUGUGUGUGUGUGUGUGUGUGUGUGUGUGUGUGUGUGUGUGUGUGUGUGUGUGUGUGUGUGUGUGUGUGAGGCAUGCAAGAAACUGCUGUUCAUUACUGGCAUUUUAUAAUCACUCAUUGCCAGAGGAAGUUGUCCAUAUGUGGCAAACUAUCCUCUCUGCUCAACCAUGAACAUUAAAUUCUUAAUAAACAGUUCAGUUCCAAGAAAACCAAGAAUUUAUGAGUUUAGAGAUCUUCGUAUACUUAAGUAAUUUCCAAUUAUUUUCCAGCAAAAGCUUUAAAAAAAUCAUUGAAAGAACUCUCUUCUUUGUUGUUUGCAUAAUUGAUGUUUUCCUGGUCUGUAAAAGUUGGAAAAUUUGAGUUAUAUGAAUUAUUGCAGGACAGUAAUGAUGCUUUGUACGCCUGAUAUAUAUGUUUUUUUAAUGGAUCAUGAUACUUUGAGUUUAAUUCUUAUAAAAUCUGUAACAACAGUGCUGGUACAGCCUGAAGGCAUCUGUUUAAGGGUCCAAAAAAAGGUUUCUACGUGAAUGUGGCCCAACUCUGCAGAUACUUUACUGCCCAGCUGAGCAGAAAACCAUCAUUAUUGCCUUUUCAAAGAACCCACUGUACUUCCAGUUAAAAGCAUGUUUAUUCAACCAUUAGAUCACCAUGAUGCCACCAUCAGACUCCGCCACUGUGGACACCACAAGCCUCUUUAUCAAUUAUUGUAAAGCCUCAGCGACUGAAUGUGAUCUUUUAUCUAAUUUUCAGCUGGUUUGUGUGGAAGUACUGGUAUGGGAAAGAGGAUCGAGGAAGAACCAAAGCUCUCUGCGGACAAAUGGAAAGUCAUCUGGCCUUUCAGAAAUACAUACUAUCUGGUUUCUGUCAAUUAGCUUAUUUCCUCUGGGAUUAUGGUCAGGACGUAGAGGAUGGUUGGGUUGGGAUAAUGAAAGGAAGAGAUAAUGGAGACAGCUGAAAGAUGAAAGAGCCAGUUUGCAAAAUUGGGAGAUGAUUAGAAAUAAAAGUAUGAAGAUGACAGAAAACCUGGAGAAAGAUAGUCCACUUAUCUCCUCUUUAAAGCAGGUUUUAAGAAAAGGCUUAAAGCAGAAUUCAGUCGGAGUGCUGUGGUCAUGGUGUGGACUGAAAAGAAAAUAACGGUCUGGGAUAAAAGCAGUCAUUUGUACAUUUGGUAGAGUUUGAGGUUUGGGUUAAGACAGGAAUACUAUUUUUGUGGUGAAGGGGACUUCAACGUUGUUUUUCAUUCUUACCCUUCAGCGACGUGAAAAGUCAGAGGAUUUUGGUGGCCCCUUUGAAACACCUCAUCCUCAACCUUUCUUACAAUGCCCCCUAUCUCAUUUGAGUUCUCCCAGUUGGUCUCCAUAAAGACUUUUGUCAAUUGUGUUGAUGUUUUUCUGCAGCAGUGGAGCUUUUUCACCAUCAUGCUAACCGUUUGUACACUGGUUUAGUUGAUAAAUGCGAGUUACUGACUGACUCUUGCCUUAUUCAUUGGCACCUCCUGCAAGAGGUUACUAGUUGUUUCAAAGUGCAGCCUCUUGUCGAUCAAAAAAGGCCUUCACAAGCUUUAUCUUCUGAACAGUAUUUCUUUGAACGCAUGAUUAAGGUCUUGUCCACACGUAGCCGAAUACUUGUUAAUACAAAUAUAUUUUUAUACAUUUUGGCCUGCCAUCCGCACAAAGCCGCAUGAAUACGUCAUUAAAAACUCUGGACAUAGUGAAGAUUUUGGAAAACUUUGGUUUUACAUUUGCGUGUGGACAUAGAUAACCAGAGAUUUAAAUCCCCAAACGUCACUGUCUGCAAGACCUAAUAGAUAAAUAUCAUAUACUAUUCGCCUUUGUUUAUGUCAGGCAGUGGACGGCACAGAUAUAUACAGAAUUUAUAUUUAUGUGAGGAGAAAAGGAGAAGGCGUGCUUUGCAGUUGGUUAUUCUACACCAGAUAACCCUUACUCCACCUUUCUUGUGUUUUGUUGACUUUAUUCUCCAAAACGAUCCUUAAAAGCUAUUCCACCUCUUUGUUGGUCCACAUGAAUGAACUACACGGCGCUAUGUUUCAUGGUUGGGGAAGUGGCGACGAGAAAGUGAAGCUUGCUGGCAGCGUGACUACUUUAUAAAACGGAGGGGGGUUGGAUAUUCAUUUAUAAAAAUACCCGUCUAUGUGUCGUGUGUACAAGGCAUAAGAUGGCCUGGAGUCCCCAUACCAGUUCACCUUGGUGAAUGGGUGAAUGGGUCUGUAACUGCUCACUUCCUUCUAUAUUUCUGGGGAUGUAAGCAACUGUUGCAUACCUAAGCAGUUAUACUAUAACCAAUCUGAUUGAUGUGGUAUGUGGUACAGCACAUAGCAACAGAAAUGUAAAUGAACAACAGCAUAGAGAGGAAAGAAACACACAUUUCUCACCAUAUGAUGGUGUGGUGCUGUAAGACUCAUCCUCUUCAAUAUGUAUAAAGCAGCAGCCUAUUUCCUUCGGAUAUAGUACAGUGACAUGAUGAAAACAUGAUUGUGUUUGGUGUAAAGGUCGCAGUGGUGUAUAGGAUGCAGCUCAUUAACCCGAUGACAUAGAACAUGAAUCCUUAAUAAUGAAAAAAAACAACAUAUCCUGUUUGCAACUCAGCCUCAUAUUUAAGCAAUUCUGUCGAGGACUAAAUGUGCCGAAAUGGAGCAGAAGGAGCUGCUGUGGAGUGUGUGUCAAGAUAAUGAAAAAGAACGACUUCCCUUCGGACGUAACAUGACACGUCCACCAUUAGAGCAAAUCCUUAACAACAAACAUUCAGUUAGAUUAGCAGAGAGAGAGAGAGAGAGAGAGAGAGCCAUUUAGUCAUUUGAAGAAGGAUUUUGUGAUCUAGGACUGCUGAAGACCCCUGAAGUCUCUGAGAAUAAGAAGUGCAGUUCCAGAAGUGAACCUGUUUCUGGUUAAUGAUGGUUAUAAUGUUGAUUGUUCAGCAAAGCAGGACUCUGACAUUUUUCCUGAGUGCUUUCUAAACGCUGUCUAAAUGUUUUCACUUUGUCUUUGAGUGCUCCUCCAUCUGUCUCUGUGCCUGCGUAAUUAUAUAAGAGCAUUUGCGUGUGAUUGUGUCUGCACAUGUGAGUGUUUAUCUGUGUCUUUUCUCAUCUGUGAGAGUGUGUGUUUGUGUGUGUGUGUGUUUGGGAGUUAGUCUGGUCCCCAUUAUUUCCUUAUUUUUGUUCCCAUAGCGUUCUGUUCUCUCUCAUAUGGAAGACCAUUUCCGCUUGGAAAAGAAGUAAAGAGAUGAAGAUUAGGGGAGAUAAUAACAAGAAUACUUGGCUCCUUUUUUUCUCAAGAUCAAAGUUUUUACUGUCCAUACAUUUGACAGUUAAAGGGAAAACCGGAUACAGCCAGACUUAGAUUUAUUUCAUCUGACAGCAGACUUCACUAGGCCAGUAGUGUUCCUGUUGUUUUCUGAUCAGGCCGACCCCUGAUACAUGAAAGCAUCAAAAACACACAACAAACAGAGUUAGAGACAUACAUCGUGUAGCAAUCAAUGUGUGGAUUAUUGGUGUUCAAUAACCUGAAAUAUCAUCCAGCAUGGCUUUCAGCAAAGACAAAGACAAUGUAGGUGUUACUGAUGAUAGUCAAAGUGUUGUUUUCAACACUUUCGUACCAUCAGGGAAAAAUCACACACAGACUACAUCAAGACCUGGAAAGUGUCAGAGUAUUUUCCAGAUCUUCCUGGCCUCCAUUAAUGGGUGUUUACUUACUCUCCUCUGCUGACUUUCCAUUUUCCUGGUUUCUUUUCCCUCUGAGUAGUGACACGGUAAAAGUUUUCUCUUAGGUCUACAAAAAAGACUACUUGACCCUCCUCUCACAAAAACACUUUGUGCCCUCUGUUAACCUGGACCUUAAAGCUGCUUCUCAGCGCCACAGGAAAGGGACACAGUUUUUGAUCUGUGUCAGAGUAAUUUGGAGAAGACCGGUGAAAGACAGGCGAACCCUGGCUUCAGAGAGGAAAUGAAAGAAUCUAAGAGUGGAAACUCUCAGGUCAUAGCGGUACAAAGAUGCUCUCCCUACUCAUUCAAAGGCCACGCUGUAGGCUAAAUAAAGGAGAGGGUCAAUAUGAAAGAACAGGACUAUAAGAAGGAAGUAUCUAUUUUUCUUAAUGUGGUUAAUCCAACAAUUGUCCUUAGUUGUGGUAAAGUGAUUUACCCCCACUUUCUUGCCGCUGAAGGAGCUACGCUGUUACGUUUACGUUCACGUUACCGGUGCUACUCACGAUAUAGACAGUGUAUAAACUUGAACGUAGGUUCCUCUGUUACCCGGACAUGUCCUCUGUUCGGGGGGCUGUCCCGCCUGUCCGGGGGAAUUAAUGAAAUCCUUCAAAUGUCAGGGGUUUGGUAUGGAAGUUUUGAGUUUGUGUCGCAUGGACUUACUGAGUUAGAAGCGCGUAAAAAACACUCAAUCCGACCUGAAAAAGUCUCCAAAUUGACAAUGCUCAACUCUGUGACUCCGCCCCCACAUAAUUGUGUCCUCUUUUUGAGGAUUCAGAAUAUGGUCACCCUAUUGAAGGUUAACCUUCACAUUAAUGGAAGAGGAUCCGACAAGAUUUGAUACACUACCUUACACUAUUACUCGAUUUUCAUGACACAUUAUUAACUCACUGACACACGUUGUUAUUGAAUUUCCCCUUGGAGAUAAAUAGAUAAUUUGUAUUGUAUUGUAUUAUUAAAGAUAAACUAGUUUUUAAAAUUGUAUUUUGGGGAUAAGAGCUGACCAGUUUCAUGUUGUUGUUGCCAUCAAGUCUAAAACCAAAUGGGAUGGUGUUGUGAAAGGCAGGAAACAUGGUCAUGUAAUACAUAUCACAACUAUGGUCUGAAGUAUUUGUUGUGUUUUUGGCUGAAACCCUUUAUGCUUCGGAGUUCCUGUUCAGAGGAAGAUGUUUCUCAUAGAGAAAAUACUUCAGAUACUUUCUCUGCUGGGCUUCGAACCAUUUGAGAAAUUUAUCUAGCUCUGGAGAGUCUGCCUGCAUAGCUGGGAAGUGAGGUCAAGCCGUCACUGCAGCUGCUGCCUGCAAAACACUAACAGAUAACAGGCCUGCCUGUCAAUACUUUCUCUCUGCCCCCCUCUUUCCGCUCUCUCUCUCUCUCUCUGGUUGCCCAAUUUCUCAUCAAGUCCUUUUCUUGUCAAGUCUCAAGAGCACAGUGUCCUACAGCUCCCCUAUAGUUGUGACAGAUAGCAUCUGUUGACAUAAUUAACGACAUUUGAACUUUGGCAUUCAUGAGUAAUGAGUCAGUGAUCCCUCUUCUCUGUGCUAAUACUGUUCAUCUAGGCAGAGAAAGGAGGAUGCAUCAUACUCGCCCGAAUGAGGUUAGAGGAUUUAAGAUAUGAUGAUGGAAUACUUGAAAAACUACGAAGUCGUGAUGAAAUGCUGCUGCGGUGUGUGUUAGUAGCAGUGGCAAAAUGCUUGUUUAGUUACAUUUAUGAGGUUUGUUUGAUCUCAUUUAAUUUGCUUAUUGUUAAUUUCUGUCAUUGGCGUUGUUUCAUUUUCACAUCAGGCUUUCAGGUUUAAGAAACGGUCAACGUGACACAGUGACCCUGUGGUAUUUUCUGUUCUCCUUUUCACAACAUAACAAAGAAGAAAAGUGAAAGAUAGUUUUUCACAAUUUCACCAUCCCUUCCCUAUUUUCUAUCCUCUCAGGACUUGAAGGUUUAUCAGUGAUUUAAUUCAAAUGUUGCCAUGAAGCACUUUUCCGUCAAUUUGUGUCUCUAUAAAUCCUCAAUCUUAUGAAAGAUUUAAAAUGUGGCGAGUAGAGCAACGCACAAGAUUAUACCAGGGGUUAGUUUUAAUGGGAGAUAAUUAUCCUUUUUAUGAGAUCAUAAAAUAAAAGAUAAUGGAAUGCCACCAUUCAUUUCCCAACCACUUUAAUAACUUUAUUUAUGCUAUCAUAUUUGUCUGCUCUGAUGACAGCCUUUUAAUUUUGCAACUGCAGCUCUACAACCGGUAACCUUUUGCCCUCGAAUGUGGGUGGGAGGUGGGGGCAUUUAAAGUCCAAAAGAAAAAGGAAAAGAAAGACAAAUUGAGCUUAAUGGAAAAGUUGCUUCACUUCACUGCCACACCAUCCAAACACUGAUCGGGUCAUUGGAAAAACAUAGAAAUAAGAAUAAGCAAAAACACAGAGAUCUGUGAUUUUAUUUCACCAGUGUGAAGGUGGAGGCAUCACAGAGCCUUUUUUUAAACAUUGUGGGAAACUUGACACUGAAACUGAAAGACAUAGGUUCUCUUAAGUCCAGCCACUCACUAAAGUUUAAAUAACUCACCAUUUUACCAAUAAACUAAAGAGAGUUUUCAUUUUUCAAAUUGAAAUCAGGAGUCAUUAAUUUGGACCUGCAAAAAUCCAGGUUGUUCUCCCUCUCUAAACCCAGCUCAGUCUAACAUGAGUCUGGUCCUGCUCUCCCAGUUCUUCCUCUCCUCUCUAACUUGUUAAAUGCUGUGAAGUGUUUCUCUCAUGCGGUUGAAGAUGGGAUGGGAGUGGGUCUGAUCUUACAGGAUGGGGCUCAAUCUGAUCCCAUCUUUACAUUAGCUCCUUGUGAACAGAGUCUGGCCUGGACCAGCUUUUUGUUAGACAUCUUGGGAUAACACUUGUUGUGAAUUGGCGCUGUAUAAAUUGAGAUUGAUUGCCAAGUUGUAUGCCUAACCCAAAUAGAUCAAGAAUGAUCCAUAAAAACAGUAAUAUCCUUAAUGUUUCCUACUCAUGCUAUUGAAAUGUAAAGUGUUGCCACCUGAGCAACAGCCAGAGCUGAAAUCAUAAACCCCACUGCCUAAUGUGUCAAAGCUUAUUUUGACACAACUGCUGAUGACAUUUAGUCAAGAAUAACAAUUACAGUGACGCGUUCUUUACUUUGAAUGUGUUAUUUUAGUCACUUUUGUUUUCCUCCCUAACUCCCUGCUUUGUGUCCCUUCAGGCGCCUUCAUCAUCUGUUGGACCCCUGGUCUGGUUAUCCUCCUUCUUGAUGUCUUCUGCGCCAACUGCAACGUUCUCACCUACGAAAAGUUCUUCCUGCUUCUGGCUGAGUUCAACUCGGCUAUGAAUCCCAUUAUCUACUCCUACCGAGACAAGGAGAUGAGCGCCACCUUCAGGCAGAUCCUGUGCUGUCAGCGGCAGGAGAAUGUGAACGGGACAGCGGCGGAGGGAUCUGACCGGUCGGCAUCAUCUAUCAACCACACGGUGCUGAGUGGCGGCAUGCACCACCAUCAUCACCACAACAAUGAACACUCGGUGGUAUAAAGGAGGAGCCCAGAGAUUAACAGCCUCAAAUAUUGACUGAAGGAAAAUAAGUAACAGCAAGUGAAGGUCAAGAUGGCUGUCAACAUGAAGCGAACUAUUGGCUGUGAAAGGGUUAAGAAUGAAGAUUAAGCAGGUGGAGUGGUUGAUGUUGAGCUGGUUGGCAUCGAAAUGAUGGAGAAGCUGGUAACUAAGACUUCAUCACUGUUUGGAGGAUGAACAGAGGACAAGUCUGAUCUCUGAAGACAUCGAUAGGCUGUUAGUAUUUUUGUUUAGCUGUUUAUUAUUUUCGAUGUGUUGAAAACUUUGGUGUAAAUGAACUAUUUAAAGUAAUCUGUGAAAUGAAGGUAAUGCCAGUAUAACCUAUCCUUUUUUCCAGCCGUGUCUAAGUUUGCAUCUUUUAGGGUUUAAGACAUUUAAUAACAGCUGACGGUAAAACUUCUAUAACAUCAUACCAUUACCAGGACUGUUGGGUAAGAUGCUACACAGUACUACCUAGGGACAUUUUCUUUUCUUGCAGUAGAUUCAUUUACAUUUUAAUGAACUAACAACCAAAAGUACUCAAGGGACUUACUUUACUCUUUAACCCUCUGACUUAAGAGCUUUUGUGAAUGCAUCCCAAGUUUGUCUUUUGUAUCCAACUCAAUUAUAUGAAGGGUCCGGGCUGGGGAGAAAUCCUGAAUAGUUUUUCUUUUCCCGUCAGGAAUCAGAGACAAGUUGUUCCAAGGAUCUUUCCAAAAAGGAGGAUAAUGUUUGCAGCUUCAGAGUAGACUCUGUGCCUCAGUAGAGACAAGGUGAAGGUCAUAUGUGGGAAACUUAAACAGAGCUUGGGCCGUGACAUUAGAUGUGCUGAGCUGUCUUCUUCUGGUGGUCAACAGUUGCCCUCUAGUAGCCCAAGUGGGAAACUCACGGGAAUUUGAAAUGAUGUAGAAACGAUAAUUCUGGCAUUAGCAUGAUAUAAAGUAACAAUGUACCAAUGUGAGGUGGGACUUUCUGGCUGUAAUAUGAAGAUAAAGCUAAUACUGAUGAAUGUCUGCCUGUAUCAAUGGUUUACAAACUACAUUCUGCCAUAAAUCACACAGUGGCUGAAAGGACUAUACUGUAAACACUGAUGAUGUAAUUAUUAAGGAAAGAAUAGCUCAUCUAAACAGUUUCAUGUCCAGUCUGCAGUCAGUGCAGAAUCCCAGUCAGCUUGGGUUUGUUGUUUUAAAAAAUGUCCCCAAAUCAUAAACCCCAAUUUGAAUCUUUAAUGACAAACAACCUGAGCUUGUGCAGAAAUAUAUUCCCAUCAUUCAGAAGCUAAAUCACAAGUGAACAUGUGUUGGUGUCACAGUAUUAGUGAUGAUAUGAAGUAAUACAGAUGUGCAUCCAAAAUAUGUCAUGCCACAUAAAGUGGUCGGGGUCAUGUUUUAUCUGCAAAUUCCUACAAAAUAUGACAAACACUUUAAAUAAUUGUAGUGUUGUUUUUUUAUUCUUAUGAUUCACAUCCCUAUGUCCUAAUUUGCACUGCUGUAUAAGAACAAAACUCCUAAGUGAAAGAUUUGGGUCAUUAACUUGGACAGGUGACAGCACAGUUUAAAACACAUGUAUCUGUAUAGUGAUCUAUCUUUGGAUGGAGAGUAUUAUGCCAAAUUGAAGUCCUUUUGUUGCUCUGUUUGGGUCAAAAUGAGAAUCAUUAGUGAUGAGCUGCGAAGCAUGCUUGACUUUAUCUCACAAUAUGGACUGUAAACCGGUCUCACACAGAAGCCGAUGAUGUGCCUUUUGCAGGGUUAUGAUAGUGUUAGUGUAAACUAUGGCAACUCUUUGGGUUGAUAUAUUGCACUUUUCUAUUAUGAUAAUACUCAAGUGUCCAGUAGCCUUCAGGGUUUUAUUAUUUUUGUGUGUAAUGAAAUGACAGCUUCACAGGUGAAAUCCAGUUAUUCCAAUGGUGUUGUGUUACAUUCACAGGUGCACUCUGUAACUUCUGCUAUUUACUUGAUAUUCCUAGUCAGCUGAAGGUUAGCAUGAUGGUGCGAUGACGUACAUUGUUAAAAAAAAAAAUACUGGCUGAACACUUCGUCCUGACGUGAAUCAAACACAUUAUGGCCAAAAUACAGACGUGUAGACAAAGCUCUCAACAGCUGACAGAAAAGAGGGAAUCACAGCCAAAAGUUAGUCCAAGAAUCAGGAUGUUUAUCAGGGAUUUAAGCUGCACUAAUAACACGAAGCCAGCUGGUACUUCUGUCAGACAAAGUUCACCAAAGUGCUGCCUUAGUUAUACUGCGAUAGACGUGCCUUUAAUCAGGAAAAGGGUUUGCAAAGUUUCAGUGAUGUUUCAGUGUCCCACAGUAGAUGGUGGCUUUUUUUCCCAUGCAAUCUAAAGUUCACCUGUAGUUUCUGGUCUCUCGUCUUCUGACUGUGCCUGUGAACUAUACAAAGUAGGUUAAAAAAAAACAGGCAAAAUUCAAGGCCUAUACUUUGCAAAUAUAUGUCUCUGGACCCGACCCUCCAUGUCUGACGUUCACUGUAACUAUUUUUAACAAGUAUUCAGGUAAUAUAGCAAAUCAACUACACUUCCUGUCUUUGUAUGUCUCUGUUUAUCAGUGUGUCACUCUUUGUACACCAUUGUAAGUUUAUGUGUACAGUAUGUAUGUAUAUAAAAUAUAUUAUUCAAAUUAAUUACCAAAGGGAACGUGUUUGUAAAUUUAACUGUAAUACUCUGUCCCAAUGUACUGUAGGAUGUGUUUAUGGUUUUUGUCAUGAGUGUUUCUGUAUUUGUGACGGUCAUCGACAAACUUCCUUUGGUCGCUGUAACAUAUUAACAUUUCUGUGACCCAGAACUACUUAUCUAUGUGUGCAGUGCUUUGUGGUGCUCGUCCUUAAAGAGUAACUUUUCACCAGGCUGAGAGGAAGGUUUUCAGCCCUAGUGGGGUAACUUCGAUCUUGCUCCACUGUGGCAGGACUGUUCAGUGUUAAGUGCCUUGUUAAGUUUGCAUCCACUCCCUACAGCGGUGUCACGGUGACACUUGUGCACCAGUGCAGCAAGGUGAGAAGCUGAACCACUAGGGGACAACAAAAGCUUUAUUUCCAGGAGGUGUUAGGCUGCCGUCGGAGUUUGUUUGAGGCUAACACCAAUGUUUUGCAGUUGCAUCAGUGCAGAUCACAUUAGCGUCAGUGUUAAAACAAUAUUUCACAAGAUAGCAUGAUUUACCCAACAAGACUUUGAGAGAUUCACAAGUACAAACAGAUGAAAACAGAUUUAAUGUCACUACAUCUCAUAUGUUAUGAUCUGAUUGUUCCAAAUACUAACGAUUAAAGGGAUACUCUGGCGUGAGUUUAAGUUAUGGUCAAACACACUGUAACACAGAGUUAGACACCCCCUCGAGAGAUGAAUGUUGCCGACCGCUUGCCUCUCUAGUUAUACCAACUUAGUAACGACCGCAUGAUAGCAAUACACAGAGGUCUACGUCUCCACACACAAACCUGAACCAAAACGCCACUCUAUAGCCACAAAUAAUGCUCAGAACAGCACCUAACUUCAUCAACAGGACAUAUAAGGUCCCAGCCUUAGUACUAGCAAAUAUCCUUUUUGCUUUGCCCAGUUUCUUUAGCAAAGAGACUAAACACAACUCACCUACUCUCCUCCAGCAGCCGCUUGUUUGUGGGGAGCCCUGACAAGUCGAUCACCGAGUGCUGCGGAUCAUUUCCCUGACGUAAUAAUCAUCAUAAUAAUCAUUUUGCACUGCAGACGCUGUACUUCUUCUGCCUUAACGUCUUGGUCUGAUUGCAGAACUCAUGAAUAUUGUGUGUUUGACCAUUACUUAAACUUAUGCCGGAAUGUCCCUUUAAUGAACCUGUUUCAGUUAUGACAAGUACGAAUCAACAUGUUGCACCUGAACGUUCACAUCACUGGGUGCAAACAGAUGCUAGAAGGGUCAGUGACUUGUGUUACAGGUUGCAGGGUUUUCUUCCUCAGCGAAACACUGCUUCAGAUUUCUGAAAAUUCCCCAAGCUUUAGAGGAAACAUGUACAAAUAGCCAUUUCUAAGAAGUACUUGUGACGCAGACAUAAAUGUGAGUGUAUUUUCUGUAAAGGCCAAUAUUAAUGAAUGUUCAUCAAGAGUCAUACUGAUGAUACCCAAGCAACAAUAAAAACAUGAGAAAAGUCUGA